GAUGCGCGUUCGGUCGAGCUCACGGAGGACAUUUUAUUUUACGCGUUUAACAUGCAAUACAUAUACACAUAACGCUGCGUAUUUUUCUUCACAGUCUCAUGUCCUCUUCGCCCCCACCCCCCCAACACGAUGCGUGCAGUUACUGCUAUAAAGUCCUUAGAUAUGAAUAUUAAAGCGCUUACAUACUAUUAUUAUUAUGGCUCGGGUGGGGGGAUGGUGGGGGGAGUAGUGGCCCAGGCCGCAGCCUGCCAAUGUCUCACCACCUCCGGCUUGUCAAUCUAAGCGAGGCCGCGGGCUCUGCACGGGACUAACAACUCAGUAAAACACAAAGUAAAGAAAAAGGAAUCAAUUAGAGACACCGAUCAAGAUGGGGUUCCUUGGAAGCCUCCUCGUUGUGGCUCUUCUAUGUCAAGUAUACAAGACAUCAGCUACAAUCAGCACAACCAUAACACCACCAUCACGACCUGGAUCAUCUGUAGGUAUGCCUGGCCACAACCUAACGUUCGCUACUACGACCUACCCCGGAUUGAAUUACACCACGAGCGGCAUGUGGCCUCCGUUCAACAAGACGGCGUCCCCGUUCAACACGACGGCGUCUCCAUUCAACAUGACGGCGUCUCCGAGCAGCUGCGGUCAAGCCCUGAACGCGUCGAUCGGCCAGUUCAUGUACUCCUACUACAUGGCGGAAACGUGCAACUGGGUAAUCUCGGUGCCCCAAGGAAUGGUGGUGACCAUCAACUUCCAAAUGUAUAACAACUACUACAACAACAGCAUUCAGAUUUAUGACGGCCCACUGAAUCAGGUCACAGACCUACCAGGAAAUGUGUAUUUGUACAACUACGUGUCCUCCACUGAAUCGGUGCGGGUUGUCGUCACAAAGAACAACAACGGUUGGCUGUACCUACAAGGAGAUUUCUAUGCUACACCAGCUGAUAUCCACUGUGGAGGCGUUUUAGAUAUAAUAGACAGCAACCUGUUAAUACUGUCUCCAAACUACCCCAACGGCUACCCCAGCAACCUGGACUGCGUCUGGAUCUUCAAGGCACCAAGCCGUGGCAUCUCACUGUCAUUCAUGGAUUUCAGGAUGGAUGCUGGCAAUUCAUCACAAGGGCAGAGUCCCAGCAGGUGCGUGGGAGAUUCCCUGACCAUUUACAACGGAGAAAAUGUACACUCUGUGAUCCUGGACUCACUGUGCAGCAACAGCCGUCCCAGUCAGAGCCCGCAGUCCCGUGGCAGCAUGAUGGUGGUCUUGAAAUCCGGUGAAAGGAAUUCUUCUGGAGCAUUUGCUUUCAGAGUUUCACAAAACUGGUUCCAAGGGACUUGUGGUGGUGUAUUUAAUGGGACUGAAGGUUUCAUUUCUGGGAAUGAUUCCUUCAGUAGCUACGAUUGCUACUGGCUCAUUGAAACAAGUCCGGACAAAGCUGUGAUCUUGAAUGGAACCUUCUGCCGGAAUGUUGAAAUCCAUGAAGGCCAGUCCAUCAAAGGGCCGACUUUGGCCAUUGUCAAUAAUAAUUACUGUGGAAACAUAAAUGUCCUCUCCUUUGGAAAUAAAGUCGUAUUAAUCACAUAUGGACCAUUUAAUGUGACUUACAAGGCUUCAGAACCAUCAACAUUGCUCGGCUGUGACUUUGAGCAAGGAUUCUGCGGAUGGCAAAACAAAUAUGAAAAUGCCGUUCAGUGGACGGCAAUUCAAUACAACAGUGUCAACGGAUUGCCAAUACUGAGCCUAUUUCCACACAGUCGUGCUUUCCUGGGCAUCAACCAAUAUAUGUACAACUCCAUGUCGACUCUGCUGGGCCCUCUCAUGACACAUCAGAACGGCCCCAGGUGCCUGAGCUUCUGGUUCAGCAUAGUUGCAAAUAGCAACUCCUCGCUGGCCUUGUACGCGACGGACACGGACUCCGCGCAGCGCUCUCUCCUGUGGGAGGCCUCCCCCCUCCAGGGCAUGAAUGCACGCUGGGGCAGGGCACUUGUCAACAUCAACUACACCAACUACCAGUUUGAGUUCGUGGCCAACGCACACAUGCAAGCAAUCUACCUAGUAGGCAUAGACGAUGUAACCCUGUCUGAUGGAGAAUGCCCUCAAGCUCCCCGUCCGUGCUUCGAAUUCAUCAGUGCCUCCGAAGGACGCCUGGAGAUCCCCCACGUUUCACAAAGUGACAACGACUUCUGCCUGUGGACUAUCAAUGGCAGCUCCAACAAGAAAUUCCGAAUUUUCCUGGAAUUAAGCGGCCCAUCAGAGCAGAACAGCACGGAGGGUUGCUCCUCGAGCAAUAUGGUGGGUGCUGUAAUGUCAAAUGGAUACGGCAGCCAGUUGAAUAUGCAGGACUAUUUCUGCCGCAUCGGGUCCAUAAACAUGACCCUGCAAGGCAGUCCUGUAGUUGCCAUUUACCUUCCAGGGCUUCAGCGAAAAAAUGCAACAUUUAGUGGAAGGUUUGAAGCAUAUGUUUGUAGAAAACAGUUAAAUGAGACCAGUGGAGUCAUUUCAUCACCGAACUACCCAAAUGUAUAUGGAAACUUUGAAGACUGUACUUGGCUGAUCCACUCUCCAGCAAACAAACAAAUCAGACUCUCGUUUACAGACUUCAGAAUUGAACAAAAUUAUGACUUUGUGACAGUGUACGAUGGACCUUCAAGAGAUUACCCCCAAUUGGGUAGAUUUACUGGCGUCACUGUGCCCCAAGCCUUGACUUCAUCUGGAAGCAACUUGUUCGUCCAGUUCACGUCUGACAUCAUCAUCGUAUUAACAGGGUUCAGUGCAUAUUAUGAGAGCAUUGAUCGGUGUUCAUUGAGUUUGCAUGGCGACUCUGGCAGAAUGAACAGCUUUUAUGACCUUGGCUACGCAACAAAUAUGUUCUGCACUGUGGACAUUACAGUUCCCAAUGGCACUUUUGUCAAGCUGCAAUUUAACUACUUCAAGUGAGUAUGUGGGGGCUGAUGCUCCCCGCCUCCUCUACCCCUUCAACCUCCUCUUCCUCUUGCCGGGCUGCCGCCGAUCGAGUCAUCGGCCUCGCCGCCUCCACGUCCUCCCUGUGGGGCAUUACUCAGGGCUGGCCCUCCGCCGCCUGGGGUUACCCACGCACUCCCCGCGUACACUCCCCAAAAUGCUCGGAGGUGACUCCUUGCACGCACGU